GAGGCUGUUGGAUUCCUGUCAGCUAUUGGGGUGUUUAUUAUCUUGAUGCUGCUCCUUUUUCUCUAUAUUAACAAGAAGUUGUGUUUUGAAAAUGUUGGUGGCUUUCCAGAUCUUGGUUCAGGAUACAGUACAAGGGAGAAUUCACAAGAUAAAAUUUAUAAUACAUAUAUGGAUAAAGAUCAGCAUGGUUCAUCCUCUGAAAGUGAAGAUGAAGCACUGGGUAAAUACCAUGAAGCCUUGUCCAGGACACACAAUUCCAGGCUGUCAGUGGCAGGUGGAAGACAAAAGAAUUAUGUUUGGGAGACCAGACAAAAAUACAGUCCUCUAUCUGCAGAGUAUGAUGGAUAUAGUAGUGAAGCAUCAAUAGAUGAAGCAAACUGCAUUCAAAGAAUGAGAAGAACACCUCCACUGGAUGAAUUGCAGCCACCACCAUAUCAGGAUGACAGUGGCUCUCCUCAUCUUUCAUGUACACCUUCAGAGAUUGGUGACAGUAAAUGUGAAUUUUCUCACUGUAGCAACAGUCCAAGAUGUUCAUACAAUAAAUGCCCAAGCGAAGGAAGUACAGGACAUGAAAUAGAAAGUUUUCAUAAUAAAGGCUAUGAAGAGGAUGUGCCCAGUGACAGUACUGCUGUUCUUAGCCCAGAAGAUGUGUCAGCUCAAGGAUCAUCUUCACAACUUCCUAAACAUUUUGAUCCUGAGCCAGAAGCUAAAUAUGGCACCCUGGAUGUGACUUUUGACUAUGACUCACAAGAACAGAAGCUCCUAGUAACAGUGACAGCUGUCACAGACAUCCCAACAUAUAACAGGACCGGCAGCAACUGCUGGCAAGUGCACCUUGUUCUUCUGCCCAUAAAAAAGCAGAGAGCCAAGACAAGCAUCCAGCGAGGGCCAUGCCCUGUCUUCACAGAAACAUUCAAGUUCAACCAUGUUGAAUCUGAGAUGAUUGGAAAUUAUGCUGUUCGUUUUAGACUCUAUGGUGUACGUCGCAUGAAAAAAGAAAAGAUUGUAGGGGAAAAAAUUUUUUAUUUAACAAAACUGAACCUUCAAGGGAAGAUGUCAUUACCUGUGAUUCUGGAACCUUCUUACAGUAUUUCCGGCUGUGGCUCCCAGAUGAGCAUGUCAGAAAUGUCCUGUAGUGAAAGUACAUCUUCUUGUCAGUCUCUAGAACAUGGCUCAACUCCAGAAAUCCUCAUUGGCCUGCUUUAUAAUGCCACAACUGGCAGAUUAUCGGCAGAAGUGAUAAAAGGCAGCCACUUCAAAAACUUGGCAGCAAACAGACCACCCAAUGGACUGUUCUGUUGUCUAAAACACUUGAUAGGUGGACAGGUUUAUAUAAUCCGAGAUACCUAUGUUAAAUUAACUCUACUGAAUUCCAUGGGUCAAGAGAUGUCCAAAUGCAAGACAUCCAUCCGCAGAGGGCAGCCAAAUCCCAUAUACAAGGAAACCUUUGUUUUUCAAGUGGCACUGUUUCAGCUUUCAGAUGUGACGCUUAUACUGUCCGUGUAUAACAAGCGCAGCAUGAAACGAAAAGAGAUGAUAGGCUGGAUUUCUCUAGGUCUCAACAGCUCAGGAGAGGAGGAGCUCAAUCAUUGGACUGAAAUGAAGGAGUCAAAAGGACAACAAGUAUGUAGAUGGCACUCACUAUUAGAGUCAUAA